GGGUAUCGGGGUCCGUGUGAAUACUGUGAAUGAUGGCAUAAGCCCUGCUUCCCAAAUGUCAGCUGUAGUGGGGUAAAAGAUUGAAGUGCCGGAGGGAGCCCGAUAUACCUGAAAUCCUAGGGUCCAGCCAUGGGUUAAUACGGCCCUGUGCACAGGCUGCGGAAACCCUGCGCUGCUGCCUCACACAUCCAGCCCAACAGUCACUCACAGCCAACGGUCACUCACAGCCUGACAGGUGGCUCAGCCUCAGCAGCACAGAGAGUGUAAGCAGCCCCGUUCCUGGCUUUAUCCCCACAUAUCCUGCUGCUCCGCUCAUUACAGCAGUGUCACCUUCAUAUCGUGCUGGUUCAGCAGCACAGCCGAUGGCGAUAUAUCUUGAAGAACUGUCCCCCUCUCUGUGCGCUCGUUAGGCAGUUACGGUAGUGGUGACAUCACAGGUUUGACUCUACCAACUCUGAAUACAGGACCCACAAUGUCACGGCGUGCCAGGGAAAUACAAAAUCCGCUGGAUAUGGACAAAGAUACCCCUGACGCAGAAGCCCAGGACCCCUCUCCAAGACGUGUCGUCAGGUUUGAGAACUACGAGAUUGCUGGUGAUGAAAGAGGAGAACUGGAGUACAUCUGGGGGCGGGGAUUACUGCGCCUCGUCCUCACUGUUACAUUCCUCUCUCUUCUUGCGAUGGUCAGGAACUUGAAGUUUCUGAUCGCUGCAGCGAUAUUCUGUGGGCUCCUGGUACUUGGUGUGAGUCAUUACAGUGCCUGCUCAGAUUCUCGUAAACUUUUUACGGAGCAAUUAGAGAGCAACAAGCAGCAGAAGGUGCGCCUGGAAAAUAGACUCCAGUUCCUGCAGGAGAUAUUAGAGAACACUGAGCAGGAGAAGAUGUGUCUGGAAAUGAAACUCCGCUCCCUGCAGCUAGAGACCAGGCAGUCAUCCGUGGCUGCUAUUGGGCCAGCACCGAGGACACUGGAGGUAGCUUACAAAGCACAGCGCACACAGCACAGCAUUGGGGGUUACAGUUUGUCUGUCACUCUAGAAGGUCCGCCCAGCACGCAUCAAGGGGCACUGCAAUCCCACACUCUGCUGAAGCGCCUCCGCAAAUUACACACAGCUAAAGCUUAACAAGCUGAAAGAGGUUCUGGGCCAGGAGCCGCCAGCACCAACAUUUGAGGAUGACACUAAGUGCGUCAGUAUCCAGACCGGUUAUUAGUUACAUUGUUUUUGAACGUUAGAGUUGGAGAAAAUAAACUUCUUUUUUUUAAAUGACAA